CUUGUGCACUUGUUCCUGCCGAGGCUUCAUCCUCGCCUGUGUGUGCGCGCGCGCCUGCCUCCUUCAGCUGUUGGCAGAGUUCUUACCUGAAAGUAAACAGAAGUGUGUCUCAUAUGCGCUACUGCAGCCGCAGCUGCUUCAUCUCAUCAGCAGGUUUCCUGAGUUUGACAACUUGUGACUCAGCAAAGUGGGUUUUUUUGGUGACACAUAUUAAAGUGCUGGGGAAAGUGUUUCCCCCCCGGCUACAAAUGGCCACCCUGUCAACUCCAACAGACCAGGUAUGACUGUCACCCCUAAAAAAUCCAGUCCUCAGCCUGCUUCCUCUUCACACAACACAAGUCCAAGAUCUGGUCGAGCACAGAUGGAUGACGUUGAUGGCCUGCGGUUGAAGACUUCCUCUGAAGACUCCAUGUCCCUGGCUUCCUCCUUGGCUGAGCCCAUAAACCUAGAAGAUUCCCAUUAUGCUUAUCUGAAAGGAGAGCUCGAGUACGAUGCCCAUAACCUGGAGGCAGAGUCCUGGAGUGUUGCUGUGGAUCAGAACUACCUGAAGGCCCUGAACAAAGAGGCUGUGAAACGACAGGAUGUCAUAUAUGAGUUGAUGCAGACGGAGGCGAACCAUGUACGCACCUUAAAAGUCCUCCUCCGUGUCUAUAUGCAUGAGUUGAGGCAGUCUCACCUGAUGGAUGAGGCCAAGCUGGAGUGGCUCUUUCCCGGCAUUGAGUCCCUCCUCACCCUCCAUCAGCACUUCCUCAUUUGUCUCAAAACCCGCCAGAUCAAAAGUCAGCAGGAGGGCAGCCCAGACAACUACCAAAUCACACAGCUGGGUGAUAUCCUCCUCUCUCAGUUUUCAGAUUCCCUGGGAGAAGGAAUGAUGGAGUGUUACAGUGUUUUUUGCUGCCGUCACAUUGAAGCCAUCAGCUUCUACAAAGAGCAGCUGCAGAACAGCAAGAAGAUGCAGACUCUUAUGAGAAAAUUAGGUCAACUUCCUCUUGUGCGACGGUUGGGAAUCCCUGAAUGUUUUCUGCUGGUGACCCAACGCAUCACAAAGUAUCCCAUCCUCGUGGAGCGAAUCAUCCAAAACACUGAACCUGACACGGAAGAGUACAAGUCUCUGGUUCAGGGUUUGGCGCAGAUAAAGAACACAAUCUGCCAGGUGGACUCUCAGGUCAAUGAAUAUGAGAAAGCUUCUCGACUGAGAGAUAUUAUUUUGCGCCUGGAUUCCAAGUCUCAGGUCCGGCUGAAGAGCGGUCAUCUGUUUCGCAGAGAGGAUCUGAUUGAUAUGGAUGAGACACUGCUACAUGAAGGCACUGUCACCUGGAAGUCCUCUGGAAAACAGAAAGACAUCCUCGCUGUGCUGCUCUCGGACUUUCUCCUCCUCUUACAAGAGAAAGAUCAGAAGCUUGUAUUUGCUGCUGUGGACAACAAACCAUCGGUAAUCUCACUUCAGGGGCUCAUAUUGAGGGAAGUGGCCCAUGAAGACAAAGCCAUGUUCCUUAUCUGUGCCUGCACCUCCAGCUUGCCAGAAAUGUACGAGAUCCACAUGGGGUCCAGAGAUGAGCGCAUCACCUGGAUGAGCCGCAUACGGGAAGCUGUGGAACGUUAUCCACAAGAGCAGAUGCAUCGUAAAAUGAUGGCCAAACUGCAGCAUUGUCAAGAUGCUCUGAAAGAGAGAGAUAACCAGAUAAUCCACUGUCUGGCAGAGAAACAACAGAUCUUUGCCGUUCUUCACGAGCAUGUGACAGAGCAGGAAACGCCACAUCAAGGGCUGAUGCUGCGAGGAGAGGCUUCCGACCUCCAGCAAGGGGAGACGCUGCUAAUUCGAGCCAUUGAUGAGGUGGAAAACCUGCAGAACCUGCUUUUUUCAAGAAUUAAAGACUCAAACCUUCCAUUGGAUGAGAGCGAGAUUGAAGAUGGGCUGCAUGAGCGUGCUGAGAGCUUUGAUGAGAGAGGCGAUGACUCCUAUGCAAACACUGUGAAAAAUGAAGCAGAACAGUCGGAAAGCAGAGAGAGAAGUCCGAGCAAUCCUCAGUCUGAGGAAAUGUUCUACUCUGAAGGCCUGGAGCUGUCUGCUGAUGACGACACAGUCCCAGUGCCAAACUGCAAUUCAGCCUCCACUCAUUUUCCUGAGGAAGAGGUGUAUGACAGGUUCAUUCAGCUUGCACAGAUGCUCCACAGCUUACAGGCAAUCAUAGUCCAGCAGGACAGCCAGAUUGAGCUGCACAGGGCUUUUCAGUCACACAGCCAGCAGCCCACGCGUCAUUACAGCAACACGCUGUUGGAGCAGGAGAAGCAGCGCAACUGGGUUAAGCAUAAGCAGGAACUCGCCAACUUGCACAAGCUGCAGGCUCAGCAUCAAGAGGAGCAGCAGCGCUGGGAGAAGGACAGGGAGCGGCAGAGGCUACAGAUGGAGACACUGGAGGCCCAGUUGCAACAGAGGGAGGACGAGUGCAGGAUGUGGGAGGAGAAGCUCAAUGGUGACAAGAAUGAGCUGGAGAAGCAGUGGCUGAGUUACCAGGAAGACCUGGAGAGGCUGAGGGAGUCGACAAGGUCUGUGGACAAGGAGCGGGAUCAUCUGACUCACGAGAAGGAGCGUCUGGAACUAUUGCAGGAGAAGUUAAAGUUAAAAUUAAUGCACCUUUCAAACCCAGGACACUCCAACUAUGAUGAUCCCUCAUAUUGCCAGAGUCUGUCCAGUUACCCAUCAUUCAGGGGAAGCAUAGUGAACGGAGGUGGCAGUCGGACCCUGACUACAAAGCCCAGUGUCUUGCUCCCCACCUCCACCGAUCCGAUGGAAAUCCCUCCAAAGGUUCCACCUCGCAGAGAGAGCAUCAUCAAAACCGAUCUCCCCAUGCACCUGAUCAGUACCACCAACCAGGUACACAAACCUCCUGUGGUGCAGCAGCAGAUCCCCACCAAGCUGGCUGCUCUGUCCAAAGGAAAAGAGAAAGGCUUCAAGACCAAGGGGUCACAUCAGAGGACGCACAGUGCAGCUUCUAUUGACGUGAACCAGGUGCUGCCCAUUCGAGUGACGGGGAAAGAAGGAGGCAGUCUGAGAGCCAAGAGGAACGCCAGUUCUCAUAAACUCCACCAGUCAGAGACGUUCAGACAGCCAGGAGCCAGCUACAGCGUGAGGACGACGCAGUCCUUCAGCACACAAAAGAAGAGCAACCACAGCGACGAUCCCCCCCCUCCCACACCACCUCCGUUCCCCAAAGAGGUUCUCGAAAAAGGCAAAGAGAAGGUAAUAUUCCUUUAAUCACAGAUUUCACACUGGAGUUUGGAUGAGGCGUAAAGACUUGAACACAUGGAGAAAAGGAAUGGACUUUGUCUUCAGGACCCAGUGUCCUGUUACUUCAUCAUGGGAACCCAAUUUCUUUUUUUUAAAUUGGCAGUAAAGAGGGGGGGAAAAGAAAGAUGAAUAUGUUUUAGAAGAAAGAAAUGUAAAAAGCUACGCCUGUUUGUAUAUUUAGGAGAUAGAUGGAAAGAUAUUUUAUGAUUUUUGUUUUUAAGAAAACUUUUUGGCCCAACUAAGGACCUUUUCAAUCAUUUUAUUUGAAAUGAAAGUAAGUUGUCUGUAACCACGUAGCACUCGUGUCUUAACUUGUAUGCUUUCUUUUGAGCGAUGAAAACAUUGUGAGAGGAAGCCGUGGACUUGAUACGCUUACAUUUUGUUAAAAUAUGACGUACUCGGCACCUGAAUUCAGUCACCUUCUACUGAGGACCUGCUCCACGAGGGGUCUUUGGAGUCUGGAUGUAAAGUUCUUGUUCAAAUGAUGGAAAGUGAAGAAAGAAAAGUUCCAGCUUUUUCUCCGUGUGCACUUCCUGCCUGGACACCGUGUAAGGGCCACAACACGACGGUACGAGCUGGAAUGCUUCAGGUUUUCAAAGACACCGUUGUUAAUCAUUUUAACGCAUAACUUUACAUUUACAUUGUGUUUCUCUAACCACUGUCACCUCAUGGUUUCAUGCAAACUAUCCUCCAGAUCCCAACUAUUGGGUCACAAAAUAAUAAUAAAAAAAAGAUGGUUGACUUUACAA